GUUCCAGGCACCCACCACCCUCUGUGUCCCGCACAUCUUUAAAAUUUUCCUAUCUCAAUAGACAAUAGACAAUAGGUGCAGGAGUUGGCCAUUCGGCCCUUCGAGCCAGCACCGCCAUUCACUGUGAUCACCGCCAUCCACAAUCAGUACCCCAUUCUUGCCUUCUCCCCAUAUCCCUUGACUCCGCUAUAUUUAAGAGCUCUAUCUAACUCUCUCUUGAAAGCCUCCUACCCUAAAGCGAUGCCCUCUAGUCUUUGGCAUUUCCACUCUGCGCAAAUUGGUUCUGACUGUCUAACCUAGAGAACCUGUCUGGCUCUCAUUGAAACAUAGAAACAUAGAAAUUAGGUGCAGGAGUAGGCCAUUCGGCCUUUCGAGCCUGCACCGCCAUUCAAUAUGAUCAUGGCUGAUCAUCCAACUCAGUAUCCUGCACCUGCCUUCUCUCCAUACCCCCUGAUCCCUUUAGCCACAAGGGCCACAUCUAACUCCCUCAUAAAAUAAAGCCAAUGAACUGGCCUCAAAUAUCUUCUGUGGCAGAGAAUUCCACAGAUUCACCACUCUCUGUGUGAAAAUUGUUUUUUCUCAUCUCAGUCCUAAAAGAUUUCCCCCUUAUCCUUAAACUGUGACCCCUUGUCCUGGACUUCCCCAACAUCGGGAACAAUCUUCCUGCAUCUAGCCAGUCCAACCCCUUAAGAAUUUUAUUACCUUCUGUCAGCUCUCCGCUCAACAUCUGAAGUCCUAGAGAAACCAAUCCAAGAUUAUCCAACCUGUCCAUAUAACUUGCUAUUGAGGGAGUGCAACGUAGGUUUACCAGGUUAAUACUCGGGAUGGCGGGACUGACAUGUCAACUUCUUCUUUCGUGUGGCGUGCACAGCCUAAAGUUGUAGGACAACUUGUUCUAUUUGAUGUUUAAGUAGAAACUGCAGAUACUGGAAAAUCAAAGGUACACAAAAAUGCUGGAGAAACUCAGCGGGUGCAGCAGCAUCUAUGGAGCGAAGGAAAUAGGCAACGUUUCGUCCCGAAGGUUCCUGGAGGUUGCAGGUGGUUGCCGGAGGUUGCAGGUAGUGGAAGCAGGUAGGGAGACAGGCAAAAACCUCCGGGAACCGCACGGAAACCUUGGGUGGGGCGCAAAGUCUCCAGAGAUUUCCGUUCACGUUUCCCAAGUGGGACAGGGGCAUUAGUGCAACCUUGGACAUUCCAUAGACGUUCAUCGUUGACCUCAGUGUCGUGUCGUGUUCAACAGCCUGAUGGUUGUUGGGAAGGAAGAAUUGAUCCAACGCCAUCCCAGCUGCCGGCUCAGAUUGAGUAUAAACUGUGGAACCAGCGCAGGUGCCAAGGGCUGUGGUGGUGACGUGGCGUGGCUGGGACAUCUGGUCCGAUGGGUGGCCAAAACGAGACGUGGUGGAGACACAAGCAGGAUGUGUGGGGCGCCUGGUUGGCCGCUGGCAGCUGGGAUGACGUUGUUCUUGUUAAACGUUAACGGCUGAUGCAACGACACGUUUGGCAGAGGGUGGAGAGGUCGCGGCUGACUCCGGCCAAUGCUCCGUGGGAGGCAGUGAUUGGUUGAAUGUACGUGAGGGCAGACAAUGAGGGGCAGGAGAAGCCGGGAGUCGGUAUAAAAGGAGCGAGCGAUGGCAGGAGAUGAGAACAAGACCGACCCCGUCACCCUGUGUGGAGACUCCGGAGCUGGUAACCAACCCUGUGGAUCCUUCAAGUGUCUGAACAUGGGACUGCAGAGAUGGAUAGGAUUCAUGGUCCUUGUGGAGAUGGUGUGGCAAGUCUCCGCAACUGGAACAGGUCCGAUCUCCAGAGAAUGGGGAGAGGAAGCAAACUUGCCCGGGUGGAACGCACGGGAGCCUCGACAAGUCAACAAACAAGAUACUCCAGAAUGCGGUGCUAGGCCAGCUGCGAUCAAGAUGAAAUACACGGAUAUAACGGCACGCAAGAGUGGUUCAGCUACGCUACCCUGCAAAGUACCCACAGGGAAGGAUGGACCCAAGACUUUUGUGGUCACCUGGAGUAAAGGGAGCGGGACACUGGGCGUGUUGACUGAAGGGGAAGGUGCCAAUUAUCCAGGGGGGACCGACCGAUGGAGGUUCAUGAAUACAAACGUGGUUGAGACACGGGAUGCCUCGUUGAUCAUCACAAGUUUACGAGAGACUGAUAUUGGGAUAUAUUCCUGCGCUUGGUUCACUGGCCAAAAGGAAUGUAGACUAAAUAUCAAGCUGACAGUGAACUGAAACCUCACACAGAUUCAGCACAGCCCCCCCCCCCCAUGUGUCAGCAACAACAGGCAAUGGCAGGACAGCACAAACACACAAUAACAUCCAUCAUUAUAAACUUCACACACUUAGGCCAACAACAGCAUUCUAUAUUGUAGUCACUUAAUUCAUCAUGUGGGGAAUAGAGGGGUGAACACAAAACAUCUUUUACCUGGGGUACGGGAAUCAAGAACCAGGGGGACAUAAGUUUAGGGUGAGAGGGGCAAGAUUUAAUAGGAACCUGAAGGGCAACAUUUUCACUCAGGGGGCGGUGGGUUUAUAGAACCGUCUGGUGGGGUGGGAAUUGUAACAAUAUUUAAUACACACUUGGGACAGGGAAAGGUUUAGGGGGAUAUGGGGCAAAUGUAGUGCAAUGGGACAGAUCGUGCUUGCAUCGGUAAAUGUAUCAUUAAUGGAAAUAAACUCUCUUGAAGACAGCCGGUGUGAGUGAAUCUUUGUACGCCAGCAUUGAGUUGGGUGUGAACUUUGUGCAACUCUUGCUCACUACGGGCAACAUCGCCGGCUUCUGUGAGCUGUGUCCAACAUUGUCCAUGAC